UCAAUGCGCUAGGGGCUGGGUAGUGGGAGCGGUAGGUGUCCUACUCCUCCCAUUUCGGGUUGGAAAUAUGGGCGGUCCUCCUUACCCAGGUGAGGCGAGGAGGGACUGUUGGCUAAGGUGAGGUCUAGUAAAUGGGAAGUACUUCCCGGCCAGGGGGCACCUGAGGCCGCGGCUUCUCGGCGGCAUUGAGUGGGAGAGGAGUCCGACCCGCGGGGAACUCAGCCUCGCCAGCGGUGCGGGCGGAGCGCAGCUCUCGGCUGUCGCGGGCUGCGUGGAAAGCGUUAGCUGAGCUAGUGUAACGGCCCUGGGUGGUCCUCCCGAAGCCUCGCUCCAGGACCAGGGAACGCGGCGGAACUUUUGCCGCCUGGAUCCCAGCCUUUGCGUCCUCCCUUGGCCCUCUCACCCGCGUACAGUCCCGGGCUGAAGGGGGGGAAAUCGCGGGCGCCCUGAGUUCUCACCCCCCGCAUUUCAGUCUCCUGUCAUCCGGUUGCACACGUUCUUGAGAGGUGAUUCCUAAAGCAGCUGGGAACCUGAAGCUGUAAAAGGGGCUGCGGAAAAUGAGCUGCAGUCCAAAAUCCAGAAGCAGAACUUGACGAUUUAACCACUGACCCAUUUCACAGAAUGUUUCAUGUAUUCAUGGACCAAAAGAUGAAGAUGAUUUUUGUUUUUAAAAAGAUAUUGUUGAUGAUCUGAUACAACUGUACGUCUUCGCUUGAUAAAGAUUCAUGGAGUGAUCAUUAAGUUGGACUAGUAAUCAUUUCUGAAAGUUUCUUCAAGCACAGUUUAAAAUUCAAGUGUCAACGAAUAUUCGGCUUAAAACAGUAUAAUGAUAUAUUUUCUCUGAGUACUGCAAAUUUCAGAGACCACAGUUGGAUUCCAGUUAUAUUCUACAAUCAAAGUGAUUCAAUUCUUUGAUAAAGUUAAUUUCGAAGAAUUUUAUGUUUGUAAACAGCACCAAAAAAUGGGAGAAAAAAAUGGUGGAUUCUUUACCGUCUGAGCCACCAGAGAAGCCCCACCCGCCGAGAAUUCGUGGGCUGUACUUUACUGAUAACAGGCUCACAGGUGUCUAGGGAUUCUCUGGACCACUGCCCUGAAGCUCUUCAAGGAAUGGAUGGAGAAAUAUAAAUACAUACAUAUACAUGUACCCAGGUGAUGCAGAAACUUUCUGGAUGGAGCUGGAAGAUGAUGGGAAAGUGGAUUUCAUAUUUGAACAAGUGCAAAAUGUGCUGCAGUCACUGAAACAAAAGAUCAAAGAUGGGUCUGCCACAAAUAAAGAAUACAUCCAAGCAAUGAUUCUAGUAAAAGAUGCAACUAUAAACCACAAUUCAACGUUGAUAAAGGAUCAUACAUCUGUGACCCAGAAUGCAGAAGAAAACAAAUCAAGUUCAUUGCCCUCAACGUCAUAUGAAGACUUCUUUCCAAAAGACUGCACUUCUCAAUCUACAGAAAACCAGGAAGUUCCCCCUAUGGAAAAUAAAGUUGCAGACUUUAGAGAAAAAGAAUCUUCUUUAAAUUUAUCUUACCAAAAGCAUGAGUGCUCUGGCGCCUGUCUGAUGAAAAUGCCACUUACCUUCAAGGGGGAAAACCCUCUGCAGCUACCAAUCAAAUGCCAUUUCCAAAGACGACACGCAAAGACAAACUCUCAUUCUUCAGCACUCCACGUGAGUUAUAAAACCCCUUGUGGAAGGAGUCUACGAAACAUGGAGGAAGUUUUUCGUUACCUGCUUGAGACAGAGUGUAACUUUCUAUUUACAGAUAACUUUUCUUUCAAUACCUAUGUUCAGUUGACUCGGAAUUAUCCAAAGAAAGAAGAAAUUGUUUCUGAUGUGGAUAUUAGCAAUGGAGUGGAAUCGGUGCCCAUUUCUUUCUGUAAUGAAAUUGACAAUAGAAAACUUCCACAGUUUAAGUACAGAAAGACUAUGUGGCCACGAGCAUAUUAUCUAAACAGCUUUUCCAACAUGUUUACUGAUUCAUGUGACUGUUCUGAGGGCUGCAUAGACAUAACAAAAUGUGCAUGUCUUCAACUGACAGCAAGGAAUUCCAAGACUUGCCCCUUGUCAAGUAAUAAAAUAACCACUGGAUAUAAAUAUAAAAGACUAGAGAGACAGAUACCUACUGGCAUUUAUGAAUGCAGCCUAUUAUGCAAGUGUGAUCGACGAAUAUGUCAAAACCGAGUUGUCCAGCAUGGACCUCAAGUAAGGCUACAAGUGUUCAAAACUGAGAAGAAGGGAUGGGGAGUGCGCUGUCUAGAUGACAUUGACAGAGGGACGUUUGUUUGCAUUUAUUCAGGAAGAUUACUAAGCAGAUCUAACACUGAGAAACCUGAUGCUAUUGAUGAAAAUGGAAAAGAAGAGAAUAUUAUGAAAAAUAUGUUUUCCAAAAAGAGGAAAAUAGAAGUUGCAGAUUGUGAGAUUGAAGUUAUCCCAAUAGAACUGGAAGCGCGUCCUGGAAGUAUGGAGACUCAGGAGUAUCCACCUAAGCUCCAUAGUAAUACCAAAGAGCCUGUUAUAGGGAUGAAAUAUAACAGCAUUUCAAGAAUUCGGUAUCAUUCAGUCAUUAGAAGUCCUAAAACCAAGACGGUCAUUAUUCAACACAAUGGGAAAAAUAUGGGAUUUACUUCCUCAGAGUCUGUCGCCUCAGAAGAUAAUGGGAGACUUAAUCCAGCUCAAGUACAUCUGAACUCUAAAGCCAAGGAAACGAGAAAGGACUCAAGCUCAAACCAAGUUGAAGAUUCUGAAGACAACGAUGUGAUAGAUAUAACCAAGUGUAGAGAAGAAACUCCGCCAGGGGGCACAUGUCACCAGAAUGAGGUUCAAAUACAAAAGCCCCAGGAGGAAAAAUCUCCAGCAUGUCAAAACCAGCAGGUGUUUUGUGGUAAAGAGUUACCAAAUGAAACCAAGGAUGCUUCAUCUGAUUCUCUAGAGAAGUUCAAUAAAGGGAAUGUGUUUUUAUUGGAUGCCACAAAAGAAGGAAAUGUGGGCCGCUUCCUUAAUCAUAGUUGUUGCCCAAAUCUUUUGGUACAGAAUGUUUUUGUAGAAACACAUGACAGAAAUUUUCCCUUGGUGGCGUUCUUCACCAACAGGUAUGUGAAAGCAAGAACAGAACUAACAUGGGAUUAUGGUUAUGAAGCUGGGACUAUGCCUGAGAAAGAAAUCCUCUGCCAAUGUGGGGUUAAUAAGUGUAGAAAAAAAAUAUUAUAAAUCUAGUUAAUGCCUGCUCAUGAAAUCAGCUGAUCAAGCUGAAACUAGGGCCAUGCAAAAGAAACCCCACUGGUCAGUGGAAUUAAUUUACAUUACGAUCUGUCAAGAGAAUUCCUCUCAGUUUACCCUUAUUGGGAGUGUUUAUUUGCAUUACUUAGAAAUGCUUGGAACAAAAUAAGGACAUUUUCAUAUGCAUAGUCUAUCUCUUUAUUCUUACUGCUGUUCAACUAUACAUGAGUAGAAUGAAUGUGUAUAUUUUAUAUGAAAUACCACUAUAUAAUUUGUAACUUAUUUGUAAAUUAUAUAUUCAGAAGAACAAGUGUCACAAUUGAUUUCAGCACUUCUUACUGUUUUUGUAAUUAUUAUCUUUGACUUUCAGGGCCCACAGGGCCAAAUUUCACCUCUUUACCUACAAAAUUUAUUUAUGUUUAAUUCCUGGCAAAUAAUUUACCAUUGUGUCAGAGCCUGAAGAAUAUUAAUAUUGUGCAUAUUACUUCCAAGUAUUUUAAGUUAAUUGGAGAAGCUCUAUGAAAUAGUGUCCUGUAAGUCCACUUGAAUGAGAAAGAAGAGAAACUCUCCCAGGGGAAAGUUUUGGCACAUUUUUUGAAAUGAAACUUCUUUUCCACAGAUUCUCUUCACUCCUUCUAUACAAACACAGGAAAAGAGGGAGUAGAAACUUGGAGGAGCUGAAAUAUUUUUGUUCUAGACAGAGUAGAACCGUAAGAAAAGGAAACUUAAGAGAAUAGUCAGACAUGGCUUAUUUAUUGCCAGAAGAGAUGGUGUUGGGUAAGAAUUUCACUUACAACAAUUCUGUUGAAAAAGUCUGAAACAAAAAAAAAAAGUCUGAAACAGACCGUUGGACUUCCCUGGGCAUGAUGUGCAAAUUAUUUUCCUAGAGAAAAAGGGAAAGAUUUACUCUGCUGUAGGUUUCCUGACCAUGAUCAUCUAGUGGAAAGGGGGUGAAAGUCUCCCAGAGUUAAAACUAACUUUAUCUGUAACUAAGAUGUACAUUUGGCUGUCAGGAAAUUCUCCCCGCCCUUGGAGCCAGCAUGGGAAUACUAGCUCAAAAAGGAGUAAUUGAAGUAGUUCUGUUUUUUUUAGGGUUUGUUUUUUUCUUUUUUCUCAGCUUGCUUCUGGGUUUAAUUACCUUUGGUUACCUUUCAGACAAUGGAGAAGGAAAUGGCAACCCACUCCAGUAUUCUUGCCUGGAGAAUCCUGUGGACAGGGGAGCCUGGUGGGCUGCUGUCCAUGGGGUCUCACAGAGUCGGACGCGACUGAAGCAACUUAGCAUGCAUGCAUGCAUUGGAGAAGGAAAUGGCAACCCACUCCAGUGUUCUUGCCUGGAGAAUCCCAGGGACACAGGAGCCUGGGUGGGCUGCCAUUUGUGGGGUCGCACAGAGUCAGACACGACUGAUGUGACUUAGCAGCAGCAGCAGCACCUUUCAAACAAGAAUCUAAAUUUGUACUGGAUUUAAUUUCUUAAAAAUAUUGAACUAAAUAAAAAUUUAACUUGAAGGUGGUUUAGAGAGUGGGAAACCAAAGAGCUAGGAAAGGGAGCAAGAAAUUGUAACCCGACAGCCAUAGACAAAUGGGGAAAGCCGAGAAGUUCAUUUAUUCACAGUAAACAUGCAGGAAUUUUAGGCAACGCACUGAAAUAAAAUGAAGACACUUGAAAAAUGUGGGAAAUUUGUACAGAGAUCUGACAUCUUGAUCUUCUUCAUCUGUACUGGUUCCCAGUUGUCAUUUCCCAUCAGCAUCUUAGAGAUUCCCUUUGUCUUUCCAAUGUCAGGUUUAUUUCUAGUUAAAUCCCCUUAUUUCUCCUUUCAUUGAUUUACUGCCACAUAUGGGCAUGGGGUCACAAAGAGUUGGACACAACUGAGUGACUUUCGCUUUAUGGGUGAAGCACCAUCCUCCAGUACCUUUUGAAAGGGAAAAAAUGAGAGGUAAAUGAGACUAUAUGUUUGAACAUGUUCUUUUGCCCUUACACUUGAUUGCUGUUUUGGCAGGGCAGAGAGUUCGUGAGUAGUUUUCAUACCCAAUUUUGAAUAUACCUGCUACAUUCCAGUGUUGCUGCUUUGAAAUCUGAAAAUGUUCUCACCUCUGGCCUUCAGAGUGACUAUUGGAAGUCAGAGGCCAAUCUUUAUCUUUUAUAUUCAUGACCAGUCUUUCUCUCUCUUGAACCUUAUAGCGAUCUCUUUGACCCAGUGUUCUAUUCCCAGUAAAGGUCUAUUAUUAUACCUCAUACUAGGUGCUUGGUGGGAUCUUUCAGUCUGAAAACUUUGUUCUUCAGUUCAGGGAACUGUUCUUGAAGUGUUUCUUUAAUGAUACCUUAUCUGUUCUCUCUUUCUAGAAUUCCUGUUACCCAGACAUAAGACCUCCAGGAUUGGUUCUCUGAUUUUCUUAUCUUCUGUGUUAAUUUCCAGCUUUGUCUUCUUGCUCUACUUUCUGGGAGAUUUCCUCAGUUUAAUCUUCCAAUUUGUCUGUUGUGGUGGGUUUUUUGGUUUCUUUAUUUUUUUUGGGGGGGGGUCUCAUUUUUUUUUAUUUCUAGAGCUCUCUUUGAACAUUUUGUUUUUCUUCAAUAGUAUCCUAUUUUUGGUUCAUGGUUGCAGUAUCUUCAUGGUUCAUGGUUGGAAAAUACUAUUUAUAUAGUACAUCACACACAGGCAUUUGUGUCUGUAUUUUCUUCCUGAAUAUUCUGUGACCUACAAGGUUUCUGUUUUCUUUGUAUGUUUCCUUUGGUCUUUGUCUUUCAGGACUUAGGCUUUCCUCAGUUAGCGGCCUUGGCAGUCUGCUCCUCCUUGAGAGUGAAACACUGAAAAGCUGAGAUUAUGACCUGACAGCGGGAUAAGGGGCCCUUCACCUGCUUCACUUGGCCCAGCUGAACUGUUCAAUCUUUUGUUUGGUCUCUUUAGGCCUUUCCUUUUGGCCUGGCAAGGAGUCAGUCUUACUGCUUGAAGGCAAAAAUCUGCUGCCAGAGCCUGCCCUUUUCUCUCGUCUUGCUGCUCCACACACCUGCUUCUGUAAUUCAUGUGUGUUGGUCAAGACUAAGUUACCCUUUUUAGCCCUGUUUCUCUUCUAUCCCCAAUUUGCCUCCUUUCCUCUCUUCAAAACCUGCUCAAAAAGCAAGACUUCCAGAAGUUUUUUCCUUUGAUUGCCUCAGCAAACCACCAGCUAUUACAUGUUUGUUUUUUACAGAACAACUUAUUUUGUAACUGCGACUUAAUUACCCGCGUCUGUGUUCCUUUGUGUAUUUGUUCCCUGUGCCAGAAACCUCAUCUUGUAUGGUGCUGUGUACCCUAUGGGUGCUAAAUAAAGGCUUACCACUGGAAA